UUUGCAAGCAUUAGAAAUACAUUUCCAAAUGCUAUUUGUAUCAUUAGACUUGGUUGGUCUCAUAUUUAUGAUACCUCUUCGUGUGCAAGUUGCAAAGAUGAGGGAUAUAGGAGAACUGCUAGAGAAAAGAGGAGAGAAAAACAUUGGGCUAUCAGAAUUUGUAGGAAUACCGUUGUAAACAGCUCCUUGACAGAACUGCAUAAUAGCCACCGUCGGAUGCAGUGGUUGUUGGUUGAGAUAAUCCAAGAGUUGAUCCACAUAUGAGCUCCAUAAUGUGCAAGAUAUUUUCUCACCACUAAAUGUAGAGAUCUUCACAGAUGGUCAUGGUUAUGAUAUCAUCAGAUUGCAUAAUUUCAGUUUAUUAGGUACAACUCAAGAUUUUGGUACACCAUUCUUCUGCUAAUUAGCAAUCAAUCCGAACAUCAUUCUUGAGGGAUAAGCGGGUUGGGCCAAGUUAAAAGGUUGAUUUGGGAUAUGUGGGCUGUCCCUAUGGAUUAGAGAGAUCUUCACAGAUGGUCAUGGUUAUGAUAUCAUCAGAUUGCAUAAUUUCAGUUUAUUAGGUACAACUCAAGAUUUUGGUACACCAUUCUUCUGCUAAUUAGCAAUCAAUCCGAACAUCAUUCUUGAGGCGCAGGUAUGAAAAAGAAUGCCAGCUCUUGCAGUGCCGAUGAGGCAGUAGAGGACUCAGGCCAAGUCCUUAUGCUUGACGAGAGAGACACCAUCAAUGCUAAGGACAACUGCCAUCCCCUUGGAGCGGGAAAUCCCAACCAGGAAGAAGCCCUCGUCUGGUGUGAUCAUACUCUUUUGCGCAACAUCCCUCAAGAAAGAAGCAACAUCCUUGGCAGCUGACUGGACGCCAUAGCCUCAUGAUGUAUAGUCUCACGAACUGCCCGAAUAGAUUCCUUGGCUAUGCGUUCGGCCUCCUUCGCGCGAGCAAUGUCUGUCUUGCGCUUUGCCUUCUUAAACUUUUCCGAUCGGCCGAACGCUCUCCAAACGAUUGAGACACUCCUAUUUUCAAAGCCAAUUUGGUAUAGACCUCGAAGCCAAAACUAAAAAAAUAAUAAUUAAGACAUUAU